AUGUCAGAUAACAACUCACUGGUUGGUGGUGAGUCUUUACAGCGGCAGAUCAACGACCGGGUCAUUGUUGUGCAGCUCCUUGUGAUGAUUUUUCUUUGCAUCAACUUUUUGCUCAUCUUAACCUUUUUUCAAAAGGAGUGUUUCUACACAACUACACGCUACAUCUUGUUUGCAGUUACACUACUGUCUGAUAGCUUUGUAUUACUCAUGUCUGAUGUUCUUCUCAUCUUACACUAUUUUCAAAUUGUUAUGCAUGUUUGGUUAUGCAUCAUUAUCUCUGUUGUGGUACUUCUGUAUAUGAUAAUAACACCAGUUACUCUGACAGCAAUGACCCUGGAGCGCUAUGUGGCCAUUUGCAUGCCCCUGCGCCACACAGAGUUGUGCUCCUGGCACAGUGCUAUAAACAGCAUCCUCAUCAUUCACUGCCUCAGCUCUGUACCCUGUAUUGUUGUCCUCUCUACUUUCUUUGCAUCAGUCUCUCUUAGCUUUUAUGAACAACACAGUGUAUGUUCUGUGGAUAUAUUUCUUGUGCACAGGUGGCAGAAACAUCUUAGAUCAGCUGUAAAUCAGUUUUACUUCUUGAUUAUGUGUAUUACUAUUGUAUUCUCCUAUGUUAAAAUACUGAAAGUAGCCAAAACUGCAUCAGGAGAGAAUAAAAAGUCAACAUGGAAAGGGCUCAGAACAGUAAUUCUUCAUGCUUUCCAGCUGCUGCUCUGUCUCAUCCAGCUGUGGUGUCCAUUCAUAGAAGCUGCUCUACCUCAGAUUAAUUUCAGGACAUUUCACAGUGUCAAGUACUUUAACUACAUAAUAUUUAAUCUUGCUCCAAGAUGUCUGAGUCCUCUCAUUUAUGGCCUCAGGGAUGAAAUUUUUGUUCAUGCACUAAAACAUAUCUGCUUUGGCUUAUGUACAAGAAGCAUUUGA